AGUGUCUGGACUGGAAGGGGGGAAAAGUGUCUGGACUGGAAGGGGGGAAAAGUGUCUGGACUGGAAGGGGGGGGGAAAAGUGUCUGGACUGGAAUGGGAAGGAAGCGUCCAGACUGGAAGGGGGGGAAAGUGUCUGGACUGGAAAGGGUGAAAGCGUCCAGACUGGAAGGGGGAAAGUGUCCGGACUGGAAGGGGGUGAAAGCGUCCAGACUGGAAGGGGGUGAAAGCGUCCGGACUGGAAGGGGGGUGAAAGCGUCCAGACUGGAAGGUGGGGAAAGUGUCCGGACUGGAAGGGGGGGAAAGUGUCCGGACUGGAAGGGGGGGAAAGUGUCCGGACUGGAAGGGGGGGAAAGUGUCCAGACUGGAAUGGGGGGGAAAGUGUUUGUACUGGAAUGGGGGGGAAGCGUCCAGACUGGAAGGGGGGGGAAGCGUCCAGACUGGAAUGAGGGGGAAACAUCCAGACUGGAAGGGGGGAAAGUGUCCAGACUGAAAUGGGGGGAAAGUGUUCGGACUGCAAUGGGGGGGAAGGUGUCGGACUGGAAUGGAGGGAAAUAGUGAGGUUUGGAGGAGACGGGAUGUGUCCGGGUUGUCAAGGUUGACAGGG